GAGAAAGGGAGACUUGCGCGCUUGAGCUGUGUGGAAAAACUGCACAAGGGCAGAGAGCUAACCUAACGUUACCUGAGACCUGCUCACAUUUAGGGACCUGUGGAUGUCCAGCGCCCUUUUGUGUGCGCAGUUCGUCCAAACUUUUAUAUGAGGAAGCCUGAAAGAAGACUUCAUAAAAGCUAAAGUAUAACGUGAAGAAAGGUAAACUGAAAGUGGUCUGUUCAGCAUGGAAUUACCGGUUGUGGUUUUGGUGGCGUUGGUUCUGCCGUUAAGCUCCUGUACUAAAGUCAACGUGCCGCGUCUUCGCCUGACACACAAAGAUCUUCUGGACACAAAUCGUACCUCAGUUUUCAACGGGUUACACGGAGAUCUGCACUUGUCGGCUGUGUUUUUGGAUGAAUAUCAUGACAGGCUUUUCCUGGGAGGGAAGGAUGUUCUCUACUCACUCAGACUGGAUCACACGCAUGAUGCUAAAGAGAUCCAUUGGCCUUCGUUGCCUGGUAAUCGUGAAGACUGUAUUCUCAAAGGGAAAGAUCCCGAGAUGGAGUGUGCAAAUUUUGUACGUCUGCUGCAGCCAUUUAACCGCACCCAUCUACUGGCCUGUGGAACUGGAGCUUUCCAACCCGUGUGUGCGUAUGUGAACGUCGGACACCGUGGAGAGCAUGUGUUUAGCUUGGAUCAAACCACAGUGCAGAACGGGAGGGGGAGAUGCCCUCAUGACCCCAAACUACCCUUCGCAAGCACCUUCACAGGUGGAGAGCUGUACACUGGUCUGACUGCUGAUUUUUUGGGGAGAGACUCUGUGAUUUCAAGAGGUUUCGGGACCCGCUCACCCAUGAGAACAGAAACAGAUCAGAGAAUACUCCAUGAGCCCAGAUUUGUUGCGGCGCACCUCAUUCCUGACAGUGCAGACAGGGAUGAUGAUAAAAUUUAUUUCUUCUUCACUGAGAGAGCAACAGAAACCGCAGAGCGAGACGAUGAUGGAGCCAUACACACACGCAUCGGGCGAUUGUGUGCGAAUGAUGCGGGCGGACAGAGGGUUUUGGUGAAUAAGUGGAGCACAUUUAUUAAAGCCCGACUGGUGUGUUCAGUUCCUGGACCUCACGGCAUCCAAACACACUUUCAUCAGCUAGAGGAUGUGUUUCUAUUAAGAACAAAAGAUGAAACCAAUCCAGAGAUCUACGCAAUAUUCAGCACAAUUAGUAAUGUGUUUCAGGGCUAUGCAGUGUGUGUAUACAGCAUGGCUGACAUCCGUGAAGCGUUUAAUGGGCCAUUUGCUCAUAAAGAAGGACCGGACUAUCAGUGGGGCCCCUAUGAAGGCCGAGUCCCAUAUCCACGACCAGGAGUGUGUCCCAGUAAGAUCACCGCUCAACCGGGCCGUGCCUUCCGGAGCACACUGGAGUUUCCAGACACCGUUUUACAAUUUGCACGAACGCACCCUCUAAUGUGGCGCCCUGUUUACCCCUCACAUCGCCAACCACUGCUGCUCCGCACCGGCGCCCCCUAUAGGCUCACACACAUCACUGUAGACAGAACACAGGCAGAGGACGGAUACUACGAUGUCAUGUUUAUUGGCACUGAUAUUGGGACGGUGCUUAAGGUCAUCGUACUUGGAAAAGGUAACUCUCUGGCCGGUGAGGAGAUUACAUUGGAGGAAAUGCAGGUGUUCAAGGUGCCCACUCCUAUAACCUCCAUGGACAUAUCUGUGAAGAGGCAAACUCUGUUUGUUGGAUCACAGACAGCUGUUGUCCAGGUGCCGCUGCACCGCUGCAGUAUGUACGGUAAAGCUUGUGCCGAGUGCUGUUUGGCUCGAGAUCCGUACUGCGCCUGGGACGGACAAACCUGCACACGAUACCUGCCAAACACCAAACGGCGCUACCGCAGACAGGACAUCAAACAUGCAAACCCAGCAGUGCAGUGCAUGGACCAAAACCUCAGCGUGGAGGAUGUGGAUGUGAGUGAAGAACGUGUUGUUUACGGCACUGAGAACAACAGCACCUUCCUGGAGUGCGUCCCUCGGUCGCCGCAGGCCACUGUCACAUGGCACAUUCAGAGAGAUGACUACUUAGGGGAGGUGGUGUUUGAUGAGCGCAUCAUUAAAACAGAUGACGGUUUAUUAUUCCGGCGCAUGUUGCGGCAGGACGAAGGCAUCUACGUGUGUCGAUCUCGUGAACAUGGAUUUACGCAAACUCUUUCCCGCUUUUGGUUGGACGUCUUAAAUGCAGACACCCUUUCAGACCUCCUAUCACGAGACAGCAAAUAUAAAGUGUGGUCGCCAUGUCCCGCCAACUCCGCCACGAUGAAUCGCGGCCCAGCAAGGGCGUGGUUUAAAGACGUCUUGCAGCUGAUAGGUCCUUCCAACCUGCCGCAGGUGGAGCAGUACUGCGAACGUGUUUGGUGCAACGAGAAGCUGAGGCGCAAACACAAAAGCAUGAUGGACAAAUAUCGGCAAGCGCAAGACUCAGCGAGGAGAGCGAGAGUCCAAAAGAGCACAGGAGAAUCCCGACAUCGCUCUCCACGAGAUGUCCACACACAACAAUAAAACACAGUGAAGAAAACGGACUUCUUUGGACAACUGGAUGGAUGCUCUUACACACUUUAACAUACAUGUUUUUGUUUUUGUUUGUGGUGAUGUAAAAUAUUGUAGGCUUGUGUCUAACAGUCCAAUUUUUUCCCCUUGUUUUAAUUAGGACAUUCUUGAGCGCUCUCUCCAAUUAUCUCCGUGACCAAGACAGCCAGCCGCAUCGCCUCACAGUAGACCAUAGCUAAUGUUAAAUGUCUCACUUUAAGACUCAGCAGCUGCAAAACCUUUUUACUGGAACAAAUGAGGGCAGACAGGAUGGGACUAGUAGAUUGGACCGCCGCCACUGCUAAAACAGGUGCCAAAAAACAUGCAUUCAUUUAAAAUACAUCUGGCUGGGAUACAACUGGGCAUAAUGCACAGAGACUUUUACUCAGCAAAGAAAUGUGGCAGCGCUCAACAAAACUCAGCUUGCCAGUAUAUUAAGCUAUAACGGAAUAAAGUUAAGACUAAUUAGACUGUUUUCUGGUAACUAAAUCAAAGCUUGACGACUGUUGAGACUUCAGCAGAAUGGAUUUUGCUCUUAAUUAGCCAUCAUGCGCUUCACAACUAUGUACAGAGUUUAUUUUAAUGUAAAAUUUUUGUAACACUUUAUAGUAAGGUUCACUUCAGCAUUAGCCAACAUGAAAUAGCAACCAACAAUAAUUUUACAGAAUACAUUCAUACAAAAGGUUCUGGAAGU